ACGCCUUGUUGUAUAUCCCUGUCUAUGGGAAGUGAUGAGGAAAAGGGGACAGGAGGGGUGAACUGGAGGAAGGGGUGUGUCUUUAUAAAGAGAGGAGAGAGGGAGAGUGAAGGCGAGCAGUUGAACGAGCCUAGAGGCUGAGAGGGGUUGGACACAGCAACAGCAUUGGACACAGCCACAGAGAGUGGGUGGAGAAAAAACACUUUCCCUGAACAGUGCAGCACAGUGAACCCUCUGACCUGACGGACUACACCUUCUCCUCAACCUGGUCAUUUUGUUCUCCUCUGUAAAGAAGCCAUGAAGACCCCACUGUGGACCCUCCUGUUAUUGAGUCUGUGUGCACCAGGUCACAGCGACUGUCAAGGGGAUUGUUUAACCUGUGGACUUCUGCUGCCUCCACAGCAAGCCUUCAACACCCUUGUGUGUCUGCUGGAGUGCGAGGCCCAGGCAUCCCCGGCUCAUACAUGGGAUCUGUGCAAACGGGCAGUGGGCUUGAACUCGCCUGCCUUGCCUCCAGAAGAAGGGGCUGUAUCAAAGCGUUCAGAGAAUGAAGCGGACGAAAUGGAGCCACUGGCCAUGGUGAGUGUAGAGAAUGAUGGAAGCGUGGAGUUCUCAGAAGCGUUGGAGCGUUUCCGCCAUGCAGCACAAGCCCUGGGGUCUUCCUACGAAGCACAGCUCGACUCACAGAUGCAGGAGGAAGCAGAGCAAGGACAAAACAUGAAUGCAGAGGAGGAGCAGGACGGCUCCAAUGGCAUAGAUUUGUCCAAGCGAUUCGGUGGCUUCCUCAAGGGCCGCCACGGAUUCAGGAAGCUGGUGGGCUCCGGAAGGCCUCUGCAGAAGCGAUACGGAGGCUUCAUUGGGAUCCGCAAGUCAGCCCGAAAGUGGAACAACCAGAAGCGUGUGAGCCAGUUGCUAAGGCAGUACCUGAGCCUCACUGCCCGCUCAGGCCGCUCGGGCCGAUUUAACAACCUCUCCACCGCCGUGGUUCGACAAAAAAAUGAAGUUUGAGUGCUCUGUGAACGAGUGCUGACCUUUCCUCAUACCUCUGUCAUGUAUCUCAACCCAAGACAUGCUAAAAAAUAUUGCAAGAUAUUGUGCUCCCACUGAGGAAUGUUGUUUUUUCUCCUUUUCCACUACUGACAUUUCCAUGAAGCAGUAAACUACCAAACUCCAGUUCAAGCUUAUUGUUCACAUAGCCCAGUUGAAUAAUCGACAGGCAGUUUGUUAACAAUUCUUAAUGUUAGGUUUUAAUCCGAUGACCAACUUCGAAACAACAGGCUAUUUGUUCUGAAUUUUCAACAGCUGGCAUUCUUACUAAGUUUAUGAACCAUUCGUAAUAAGUUUGAAACAUUCGUAAUACAUUUGAACCGUGGCAAAAAUAAAAGCAGUGCACUAAAACGUCCACUGAGCAUGUGCAUCAGUAUCAUGUGCAGGCAGCUCUGGAUGUGUGAGGAAUUGCAGAGCACCCUGAAUGUUUGUCUGGUUCUGUGAAUGUCAUGAGAGUGAAAAGCACUUUAUAUUUUAACUUCCUACCUUGCACAUUGUUGGUCGCACUCAGUCUAGGUUAUUUUGAAUGCAAGGAUGACCAUUCCAUUCAGGAGUCCCAGUUCAGUUGUAAGAUGGGUGAAUGUUUGUUUUCUUUGUCUUAUUUUUUUUUUUGUUAUUUUUCAUUUGUAUCUGUUCGUUGUACAUCAGUACUCAUCUGAGAACUUUCAGAAAAAAGUUGAUUUGGUUAAAAGGACACAGCUGUGCCUUUAGGUCUAUUAGCUAAGAUCCUGGGUGAUGCUCCUCACAGUACCUGGGCUAAUGUGAAGCACUGUACACAGGGAGCCAUUUUAGACAGCUUGGAGUCCUGCUCUUUUGUGUCUGAGCACAAUUUAUUUCCACGAGGAAAUGCUGCCAUCUAGAGUUCACAUAUGUUCACCCUCCAGAAUUACUGGGGACAUAUUCACAAACACACGCGCUGAUCUAAACUCACUUUAAUAUUAGAAUCAUACCACCUGUACUUCCACACAGGCCACUUUAUUUGAAACGUGACAAGUAUGUCUGUUCAUUGGCCACUUUAUUAGAAACCCCUACUCUGUACUUCCACACACUGGCCACUCUAUUAGAAACACCUACCCUAUAGUUUCACACACUGGCCAUUUUAUUAGAAACACCUACCUUGUACUUCCACUCACUGGCCACUUU